GGACGAUCUUGCUUUUGCUGCUAAUCAGAGUAGCAUUCGCCCAGAAUCGACAACUGAUUUAGCCUAUGAAGACACAACACUAUUUGAUAAAUAUAACUCAAUGAUACCGUCAGUAUUCACUAAACGAUUUCUUACGGAAUCCAUGGAAGAAAACAAGUGGAGACGAAAUGGCGAUCUCUAUGGAAAUGUGCCAAAGGCAAAGACGGGUCUUGAAAUUUUGAUGAUGACCAUCAUUGAUGUAAGAUGGAACGAUCCGCGUCUCAUUUGGGAUCCUUUGCAGUUUAUGAAUAUUACUUAUAUCUACGCUCCGACGUACAAAGUUUGGACACCAGCUAUUUCUGCAGAAAAUGUGAUGGAGACAGAUCCAGUUGCUGACCAUGAUAGUUUCACUAACGUGAUAAUCAGCGCAAAUGGCGACAUACUUCGUGUCUUUACCCUUUCGGUGCUUUUCACUUGCGCGAUCAGGGCAGGCCGUUUUCCAUUCGAUACUUAA